CCCGGGGGCGGGCGGAGGGAGGCCCGGCCCUGCCGCCGCCAUCGCGCUUCCGCUUCCCGGGCAGGGCGGCCGCGGCGGGGCCGGGCCUCUUCCUGCCGCCGCUCGAGCGAGGAUCCAGCAGGCGCCGGGAGCCGUGGCUGGUCCGGCCGCGGUGAGCCAUGGCGUACCAGCUGUACCGGAACACCACGCUGGGCAACAGCCUCCAGGAGAGCCUGGACGAGCUGAUCCAGUCACAGCAAAUCACACCUCAGCUGGCCCUUCAGGUGCUGCUUCAGUUUGAUAAAGCUAUAAAUUCAGCACUGGCACAACGAGUCAGGAACAGAGUCAAUUUCAGGGGGUCUCUGAAUACAUACAGGUUCUGUGACAACGUAUGGACAUUUGUACUGAAUGAUGUUGAAUUUAGGGAGGUCACUGAACUUGUGAAAGUGGAUAAAGUGAAAAUUGUAGCAUGUGAUGGAAAAAACACUGGUUCCAAUACUGCAGAAUGAAUAGGACUGUGGUUUGUCUGCAAUGUUUUCUGUUAAUAUGCAGCACUUUCUGGAGAGAAGCAUGGAAAGGGACUGUGUUCAUACUUAAUUCUUGUGAUGCAGAAAUGUGAGUUAAUCUGUACCAGAAAGCGUCACAGAAUGACAGCGGAAGAAAUAUCUGUAGAAUUUCUUCAGUUCAUCUUACAGGGCAUGAAUACAAUGUCUUUUUUUUUGUUUGUUUCUUUGGUUUUGUUUUUUUAAUAAUUAUGACAGAUACUGUUGCCUUUUCAAAAUAAUUUCUGUAAUAAACUUUUAUUUAAAAACUUAAAAA